UCUCCACAAACAAUUGCCAUGGUUACUGUCAACACAAGAAAACUAUACGUGGGAUUUGGGAGGUGGUUAUCACUGUAAUCCCCCUUUAAUAUGUUCUUUAUUUAUAGCAUAUUAAUUUAACAGAAAGUGGCAAGCACCUUAUGUUCAUUGUACCGACCUACCUUGUUUACUUCUAACAUUCCGCGCGUCAACAUGAAUAUAAUUAAUGUCCUAACCUUGAAUAUUUUGGUUUUUGUUUUUAAAUUCUCAGCAGCGGCGAAAGGCACUUCAUCCCGACAGACGCUAAAUGAUAGACAAGUGCACUACCUUUCCGAUCUAACCGACACGCAGUACACAAAGGAAACAUUUAAACAUUUAUUAGUACCGAGAGUCGUUGGAACCGAAGGGCACAAAAAUGUAGCGAAAUACAUUAUAAAUGAAUUAGACAAGCUCGGGUACGAAAUUGAAGUCGACGAAUUUCAGGAGAGAACCCCCAUUUUCGGUACGCUUACUUUCAAGAAUAUCGUUGCGAGGUUAAACCCGAACGCUGCCAAAUUUAUAAGUUUGGCGUGCCAUUAUGAUAGCAAGUACUUCGAGGAGUUUGAUUUCAUAGGUGCGACCGAUUCCGCCGUUCCAUGCGCGAUGAUGUUAAACCUGGCGAAGGUGCUACGAAAGGAACUAGACAACGCCAAGAAUCGCACCGAUAUCAGUCUGAAAUUGGUAUUCUUCGACGGCGAGGAGGCGUUCGAGCAGUGGGGUCCCAACGAUUCGAUCUACGGUGCUAAACACUUGGCGGAGAAGUGGGAUCAGACACUUCGUAACACGGCGGACGGCGCUUCUGUAUCCCACAUCGAGUCCAUCGAGCUUUUGGUGCUGCUCGAUCUGCUUGGCGCGAGGAAUCCGAGAUUUUACUCGUUUUUCGAAAACACCCGCUCUUGGUACAACGUGCUGUCGAAUGCUGAGAAACAGCUGGCCAGUUUGGGAUUACUUACCGGGUAUAAGCAGCCGUAUUUUGUAGACCGUUCGCAGUAUUCUUUUAUCGAAGACGAUCACAUUCCAUUUUAUCAUCGAGGUGUGAAAAUAUUGCACAUAAUCCCGACACCGUUUCCGUUUGUAUGGCACCGGCGCGAGGAUGAUGCAAGCGCUAUUGACUUGAAUGUCGUCGAAAAUCUAAACAAGAUCUUCAGAAUUUUCGUUGCCAGAAGUCUACAUCUCUUUGGAGACGAUUUAAAACAGGAAACGGUCCAGGAAAAAAAAGAAGAAUUGUAAAGCAUGGUGUAUGGUAAUUAUUGUUUGUCUUCCUAGUGCAGGGUGUAAUAGUGCUCAUGUGGCAAUAUCAAAAACAAUUGCAAAAUAGUCUGAAUCAACUGUGGGCGUGUUAAAUGCAACAAAUUCAUGUAGUGUGUCCUCCCACAUGUGCACUAUUAGAUAAGCAUUCCUUUGUACUUUCUAUUGUUGAUUAAUUUACCUAUAAAAUGACGUAAUACUUUUAGGCGUGUUACAUUAACUUCCAAGUUUUUGCUAGGGAAAUUCUCUGUGUCAUGUUGGCAACAGGUUUAGUGCAAGGAAAUUAGUACAUCAUUUUAUAGUAGAAGUCUAAGAAUAAGUUACUUAUGGCCGUUUGCACCAAUAAACUUGAAUUAAUUAAUUACGGUACAAAUGGCCGUCGACUGAAACCAGUGAGAGUGUAAUAAAUUGUUGAAGUGAUAAGUGUUUA